CGCUGGUGUGUGGAAAUGGCGAAGAAAACCUACGAUUUGCUCUUUAAACUGUUGCUAAUUGGCGAUUCGGGUGUUGGCAAGACCUGCAUAUUAUUUCGCUUCUCCGAUGAUGCCUUCACCUCGACCUUCAUAUCCACCAUAGGAAUUGAUUUCAAAAUCAAAACCGUGGAACUGAGGGGUAAAAAGAUCAAACUGCAAAUAUGGGACACGGCCGGCCAGGAGAGAUUCCACACAAUAACCACAUCGUAUUAUCGCGGUGCGAUGGGCAUCAUGCUCGUCUAUGACAUAACGAACGAAAAGAGUUUCGAGAAUAUCGUCAAAUGGCUACGGAACAUAGAUGAGCAUGCCAACGAGGAUGUCGAGAAGAUGAUACUGGGCAACAAAUGCGAUAUGACGGACAAGCGUGUGGUGAACAAAGAGCGCGGCGAGGCGAUUGCCCGUGAGCAUGGCAUACGCUUCAUGGAAACAUCCGCCAAGUCGAACAUCAACAUUGAGCGUGCUUUUUGCGAGCUUGCCGAGGCCAUAUUGGAUAAGACUGCUGGAAAGGAGGCGGCCGAGAAUCCAGAGCGUGUCGUCAUCGAUCGCCGGAAUAAUGACAAGGCGCCGGGCUACAGCAAAUGCUGUGCGUAAAACGGGGCAAAGCAGUGGCCCUGAGGCCCGUUGGUCAGGGCUCUCUCUGCCGUGGCCGUUGCGUGUGU